CAAAGUAAACCCUCAUAAACCAAAUAUUUCAAAAGAAAAAACACAUGAUAGAAUAGAAAGGCAACUAAGAAGAAGAAAGGAAAAAUAAUAUAGACAAGAGUCUUUCUUCUCUGGUUGCUUCUUUUUAUUUCUUUCUUUCUCUGGACCAGCUUUCUGCUACGUUACUUCUUUCAGAGAACUCUGAACCAAGGAACUUUUGUAGUUGAGGCUUGGUGAAACUGAGGAAUCAUGCUAAGUUUCCAAAAUCUUGGUCAUCAUCAGUAAGCUAUGUUUCCUAUGAAAACAAAAUCAGCAUAUGUACGUUCUGUUUCUUGUUAUUAGCAGUUAGAAAGUAAAGUAAUGAUCAAGAAAUGGGGAAGAAAGGAAGUUGGUUUUCUGCAAUCAAAAGGGUUUUCACACCACAUUCCAAAGAGAAGCAGCUAAGCAACAACAACCAAGAACCAGAGAGAAAGAGCAGCAACAACAACAAGAAAGAACAGAAGAAGAAAGGUUUACGGAAGAAGCUGAGAGAUGGAGAAACCAAUUCUUUUCUACCAAUCUUCAGACAACCUAGCAGUAUCGAAAAGAUCUUGUGUGAAGCCGAACGAGAACAUAACCUUGUCUUCAGGCCACCAACUCCAACAGACCGAGCAACCUCUGCUCCAUCUCCUCAUAUUAGGCCUGCUUCUCCUAAAGUGUCUUCUCAAAGAUAUGUCUCUUCUCCAAGACCAAUCUCGCCAAGAGUUGCUUCCCCUAGAACCCUUUCUCCAAAACCUCCUUCUCCAAGAGCGGCUUCACCUAGGAUUGUGCAGCGACGCGAGUUUGUGCGUAGACCAGAGCCAACUUUACUGGUCAAGAAAGCUUGUGCUACAAAGAUUCAGGCGGCUUUUAGAGGUUACAUGGCAAGGAGGAGUUUCAGAGCUUUGAAAGGUCUUGUUAGGCUUCAAGGUGUGGUGAGAGGACACAGUGUGAAACGUCAGACAAUGAAUGCAAUGAAGUAUAUGCAGCUUUUGGUACGUGUUCAAACACAAGUCCAGUCACGUCGCAUACAAAUGCUAGAACACCGAGCUAGGAAUGAAAAAGAUGACCCUAAGUUAGCCUGUAGCCUUGAGUCUGAUGAUUGGGAUGAUAGUGUGCUGACAAAAGAGGAGAAAGAAGCGAGACUACAUAGGAAGAUUGAUGCAGUGAUCAAAAGAGAACGGUCCAUGGCAUAUGCAUAUUCUCAUCAGUUGUGGAAGAACAGUCCAAGGUCUGCUCAGGACAUUCGAACAAACGGUGUCCCACUUUGGUGGAACUGGGUAGACAAGCAGAACAACCAAACACCACCUUUCAGGCUAACACCAACACGACCAAGUCCAAGCCCUCAGGCUCAUUCUAGCAACAAAAACCAUUUCAGGCUCAACAACAGUUUCGAUGUCUCCACGCCAAACUCAUCAAAAUCCGCAUACCUCACUCCUUCUAGACCCAUUCACACUCCACAACCAUCAAGAUACUCACGAGGAGGAGGAAGAGGUACACAAGAUUCUCCUUUCAAAGAUGAUGAUAGCCUCACGAGCUGCCCUCCAUUCUCAGCUCCAAGCUACAUGGCUCCAACAGUCUCAGCUAAAGCCAAACUCAGAGCAAACAGCAAUCCAAAGGAGAGAGUGGACGGUGCUACACCGGUGAACAACAAAAAGGAGAAGAGAAGGAGUUCGUUCCCUCUUGGUUCGUUUAAAUGGAACAAAGGGUCAUUGUUCAUGAGUAACAACAACAAAGGCCCAGGUUCAUCUUCUUCUGGUGCUGUGGUGCUUGAGAAGCAUAAGACACUCAAAUCCGUAAGCAAUAUGAGUAUCGAUUCCACUGUUUCAAUGCCUGCAACGAUUGGGAAGAGGUCUUUUAACAGAUUUGCUUGAAAUAAGAUUUGAACUUUUUCUUGUUUUUUUUUCUUUCUCAGAUGAUUUGUUUUACGAGUGUUUGAUGAUUUUGAGUGAUGUUUGUAAUCUGAAGUUACGAGUUUAAAGAUGUUAUGUUAAUAAUAAAAAGUAAACAACAAAAACAGA